AGCGGCGAUGCGCCUGACGCAGAGCAUGUGCACCAUCGCGGAGUGCGCGCCCGGCGGCGACGGCUGCCCCGCCGCCGCCCGGACCCGCCUCGUCAAGAUCGCCGUGGUGGGCGGCAGCGGCGUGGGCAAGACAGCGCUGGUGGUGCGGUUCCUCACCCGGCGGUUCAUCGGUGACUACGAGAGGAACGCAGGUAACCUCUACAGCAGGCACAUCCAGAUAGAUGGAGAGAUGUUGGCUAUUCAAGUGCAAGAUACUCCGGGAGUUCAGAUCCACGAACACAGUCUGCAUUGCAGCGAGCAGUUGAACAGAUGCAUUCGGUGGGCGGAUGCCCUGGUGAUAGUCUUCUCCAUCACAGACUAUAAGAGCUAUGAACUACUCAGUCACCUUUACCAUCAUGUUCGACAGCUACAUCCAGGGAACGCAGUCCCUGUUGUCAUUGUGGCAAACAAAGCUGACCUCUUGCAUAUCAAAGAGGUAGAUCCUCAGCAUGGACUUCAGCUGGCCAACAUGCUGGGCUGUACUUUCUACGAAGUGUCUGUCAGUGAAAACUAUAACGAUGUCUUCAAUGCCUUCCACCUCCUCUGUAAAGAGGUCAGCAAACAGCAAACUACCAGCACCCCUGAGAGGAGGAGAACCUCUCUUAUUCCACGGCCAAAAUCGCCCAACAUGCAGGAUCUGAAGAGAAGGUUUAAGCAAGCUUUGUCUGCCAAAGUCAGGACUGUUACUUCUGUUUGACAGCAGAGCUGUUGGCCUUCCCAGUGUUUAGCCUGAGACUGCAGCCUGGGGUGUUAAACACUGGCACAUCUAGAGUCUUGAGGCAUUGUGAAAGGAUGGUUCAGGUAGCCUUUUGCAUGGCUGGAGAAGUUUUUAAGAGGUUGCUUAUAAAAGGAACAGUGGCAGACUGGAAAGGGAAAAACAAACUCAGAACCUCUUAAAAUAGUUCUAGGAUGUGACUUGCAGAACAAGUAUUUUCACUUGGAAAAGGAACUUUCCAGUAAAUGAAGCAAGCUUUCAGUUUGCCUUUUCUCCAGUCGGCAGAUUUGGCUUUCAUUUGUGCAGAAACAACUUUCUAGCUAUAACCCAACUUGUACUUGAGCAGGAAAACACCCUGAACUGCAGUUCACUGUUUAGAAGUAACCACUUGAGACUUGUUUUCACAUGGAUGAAGGACAGCAUGAUGUAUCUAUUUAAUUUUAUUGCACAGUAGAACUGUUUAUUUCCCAUGUAUUUCAAAACAAACAAGCAAACAUGAAAUCAUUCUGUAAAAAUAAGUGUAAAAUAAGUGGACAUGACUGGGUAUCAAGACUGUAAACAAUGGUCUUUUAUUUUUUUACUAGCUAUGUUAUUGCUGACAACUUGACCAGACUCUUUGUAUGCAAAACUAUUGUCCCCAGGGUGUAAAUGUCUGUAAUUAUAAAUAACUCUGGGUUUUUUUUACAGUCUGAAAAAUACUGUCCAGACUAAAUGAUCCAACAUGGAGCUUUUGAGGAAUGAGAGUGGAGGUGGAGUGAUUGUCCAUUACAGCUGCCACUGUAAGAUACUUCUGUCUGUGCACCAGGCACAGAAGGGAAUACGGCUGUGAACCAGCUUGGUGGGAAGCACAGCUGGCUCCAGGCAAUGAAGCUGGUGAUUUGUUCUGAGCUGAGCCAGCCUCUCUUCAUCCUAAAACAUGUGGCAAGUUUUUGUCUCAAACAAACUUUUUGUUUUUACAUUGAGCCAAUGGAGUUCACAGGCUAAAGGCCUUAGACACAUGCACUUUAAAAAGCCAGUUGUGCUUUUGUUUAAACUGUAACUUAUUUAUUUUGUGUACAGUUACUCCUCAGAGGGAGUGGACUUUUCAUUCUUACUGCCCGGUUCAACAUUAAAUCUUUUGAAUUGUA